AUGGCGUCCAACUACUUUUUUCUUCUUCUCUCUCUUGUGAUCCUGUGGUCUUCAUCCCACGAAUCAACGGCCGCCGCCGCACCACUUGGUCCAAAUUCGACUGUGUACGAAAUUCUCGUCAAGUACGGCCUCCCCAGCGGCCUUUUACCGGACUCCGUCACAGGCUACACGCUUUCAGAAGACGGUGAAUUUGAGGUCACCCUUGAGAAGCCAUGUUACAUACAGUUCGAUUAUCUAGUUUACUACGAGCAAAAGAUAUCCGGGAAACUCAAUAUCGGCUCCAUCACGGAUUUAAAAGGGAUUCAGGUGCAGAGGCUCUUCUUUCUGUGGUUCACCGUCGAUGAAAUUAGAGUUGAUUUGCCGCCAUCGGGCAACAUUUACUUUACUGUUGGGAUUAUCAACAAGAAGCUUGACGUGGAUCAAUUCUUGACCGUUCGAUCCUGCAAGGAUAAGGCUGUGCAGGUUGGUGAGGUACGGUGUCGUUUUUGUCCUUUUAAUGAUGAUGAUGUGGGAUUUAAAGAGUGGGGGCUUGUGCAACGGAAUGCUUUUUGCAGAAAGGUGGUUUUACCUGUUAUGGCUACACUUUUAUUGCUUCCGAGCGCAGUGCCAGUGAAUGAUAUCCCCAUGCUUGGGAUCGAAUAGCUUAUAUGUCCUCAUUUCAAAUAAUAUCUACUAGGAAAAUCAGAAUUGUCUCAAGCAGGACUUUGGCUACCUGGAACUCAGUUCGGUGGUUUUAGACUCCAUAUACUGUGUUAUUUAGAACAUCAACUAACUUCCAUUUACUCUUGGGACUACGUAUCCUACCUAAAUUGAUUAUCAGUGUUAUUCCACAAUAAUUUAGAUCUAUUUUUAUAUCUAGUACAAAUUAGUAUAUAUAUGUUAAAAAUGUGGAGUUAUACAAUUUACCUAAAUUUAACUUAUUGAAAA